AUGAAAUUCUUCGUUGCAUUCGCUGCCCUCUUGGCCGUGGCUUUGGCCGCCCCUGCCGCACCGGCCUCUGACGACGCCAGCGCUACCGUUCUGAAGUUCGACAGUGAUGUGGGUGUCGAUGCCUACAACUUCCAGUACGACACAAGCAACGGAAUCCAGCACCAGGAAUCGGGACAACUGAAAACUUUCGGAGAUGAUGCUGCCGCUCUGGUCGUUAAGGGAAGCUUCACCUACAAGGAUGCCGCCGGACAGACCUUCACUGUAAACUAUGUUGCCGAUGAAAAUGGAUUCCAGCCGGAAGGCUCUCACUUGCCUGUGGGCCCAUAA